GUACCCACAUGGCUCAGUUCCCUCGUGAAGCAAGUGCGGGACACCAACAGCUUGAUCAAGCAAUUGGAACAGAACAUGCAGAAGGAGGUGGACAGCAUGGGCAGCGCGCUUUCCACGCACGACGCGAAUUUCAUGGCCGUCCACACGCGGCUCGCCCAGAUGGAGGCGGCCCAAUCGGGCGCAGUCACCGCUGCGGUCCAGGCCGCGAUCGACACCAAACUUGAGAGCUUCCGGUCCGAGUUGGCAUGGCUGAAAGCUCGCCCUGCCCCAUCGUCUACGGCAGUCAGCAGUGCACCGAGUUCGGCUGGCGGUCAGCGCCAGCAGGGUUCAGGGUCCACCGGAGAUCAAGACAAGGUGCGGCAACAAACUUUCGACCUGCUGAAGAAUGGUGGCCGUCCCAUAGGCAACUUCCGAUUGGGCGUGAAUGGGUAUCAAGGCUUGGUUCAUCUGUCAUCACCAGACGACGCGUUCGAACUAUACUACAUCAAGGGCGCCACCGAGACUGGCUUCCAGUGCGAGCCGAACCUUGAGAGUUUCCGCUACAGGCGUGUGGCUGACAAAGAUGUACUCCAACUCCUCGUCGGUGGCAGCGUCGGCGGCUCCUGCUGGCCAAUAGGGCGUCAACUCACCUUCGCCGUGGCAUCCAGCACGGAUUUGUGCCUGGCCGCCAAGGACUCCUUCUGCGGCUCCAUGUACGACCCCGAGUUCUCGCUCCACGGGUUCGUGGAUGACCUCGCAAUGGUCGCAGCUGGUGACGUCCGGGAGCAGCUCUACAAUAAUUCAAUUUUGGAGCACCUCGACCUCGACUCCCUGUGGGCGGAGCUGUCUGCAAUUCCCGGCAUCCCGACCGGCCCGCUGCUCGUCGGUCCGCAGGUUGUUCUUCAGAUCGGCUUGCCCUCGAUUCAACCCUACAUGCGUUCAGUCAGCUCCAUGGCAGUGGUUUUCCUGAUCGUGCGCGUGCGUCUCGUUUAA